AUGAGUACGACUAGCUCUCUUUGUCCACUUGAAGACAAUGAUACACCACACCAGUGUGUAUGUUCUCUUGAUUAUUCUUCAUUCCCGAUUAUACUGUUGCAUAGUCUUCCAUUGAAGGUGCAACGUUUAAUAGCUAAUCGAUUAAGUCGUGCUAGUCUACCUCAGUUUGUUUUAACUACUCAUGAAGGUGGUCAGUGGUCAUUGGUUCAGUUAACCAUUAGUCAUGGAAAACCGACAACAUCAUCAUCGUUGAAUGAAUUUCAGAAGAAUGAUUCAGUUCAAGUUGAUUCCAGUAAAACGAAACCAUUGAAAGAAGUCAAUAAAGAAUUCGAAUCGUCUCCAUCCCCAGAUUGGAUUUUAUCAAUUCACCUGAACAUAGAUCCGUACACUACAGCUUAUUUUUCUGAUUCUUGUGUACAAUUCAAGUUGAAAGCCAAAGAUGCAGAUAAAAAUUGUUGGUAUUGUCCAUUUUGUUCAGCUGUUUACAAUAUCAAUGUUGGCGAUGAUGUAAAUAUCCUAAAACGACAUAUGCGUCUACAUGUUGAACUUCGUUGUUGUAUGGAUUGUGCAACUCUACUACCGAAUAGUACAUUUUCAGGGAAUUCUGAAACAUCAGAACAUGUACAUAAAUGCAGUGAAUUGAUAAGCUCUCAAACAAAAGAUGAUCCACAGUCAUUGUCUGUUAAUAAUACUAGUCAUGUUUCAAUUUCAUCUUACGAAACAGUGGAUCUGCCCAUACCAAGUUGUAGCAAGUCAUUACCAACAGGUCCUUGUACGAGCCGUACGGGUAUAAAACACCAUGCCAAUAGUGAAACAUGUGAGCUUGAUAGAUUUCACGUUUAUUACUGUAACAAAGAAACUCAAUCUCAGAAGCACGAAAUUCCCUCAAAGUCAGUUACUUUAAAUUCUUCCUCAGCAGAUAGUAUUGAAGGAAACUGGCGACGUUUUUGUACAAAAUGUAACGUCGGUUUUAAAACACCCGCUCAAUAUCAACAACAUUUAAAGAAUGUUCAUCGAGGCAGAAAAUUUAUUUGUCAAGAGUGCAAUGCGUUAUUUAGUACAAAGGGUAAUUUAACUAAACACUUUAAUCAAGUUCACAAUCAGAAUGCUGGUUUAUCAUGUCCUAUUUGCGAAAAACAUCUCAGUAAUAAAUUCAAUUUAGAACGACACAUUCGCUUGGUUCAUACAGAAAAGGAAAUUGCAUCAUCCUCUUCGGCUUCAAAAGGAAACAGCACUUCAGUCAAUGAUGUCCAACAUUCGAAUACAACUGAAUCCAAUGAAGAAUGUCCAUCUCAUCAAGAUGAUAAUACAACUGUUGUUUCAACUGCCAAUGAAACAAAUCCACGUGGAUAUUAUCUUUAUCUAUCGGAUUCUGAGUGUUAUCAGUCAGUAAACACAACUGCACUAUCAACAAAUGUGAAUCAUUCUGUAACAAAACCAACCAUAAUUCAGUUGAAUCCAGAAAAUGUCGAUUCACAAUCUGUUGCUUUCGUCGCAGAUGUCAGUCUAACACCAUGUCAUCCAUCGAAUCCUGAGGCACAAAUCGGUGUUGGUGGUAAAACUUGGAAACGGAAUAUAAGUAUUGUACAGUCUUCAAAACAAACUGUUAAUGAAAAUAUAGAUUCAUGAUAGAGUGACUGUUACUGAUUUACAUUAUUCUAGGUUGUAUUUUCAUAAAAUGUACAUAAUAAACCAUAUUUUUACGUCGAUAGUCACUUUACCUUUUUCGUAUUGCUAGACAGAAGUCAAUAAAGAAA